AAAAUAUUUUGCGACGAUCAACAUAUAUAUUUAUAAAUUGCAAAUAAGAGGAAUCAAUUUUUUCAAAAAUCAAAAUGUUAUGCUAAUUAUAAAAAGGAAAAAGAAGUUCAUUCAACAAACAUAGAUAUGUAAAGAGUCAAGUGAAAAAUUGUGGUUCACAUUAGUGCGUAUGUGAUUGAAGAUCAUCGGAUUAAUUACUGCGAUAUUGGAUUAAAAAUUUUUAUUUUCUAACGAGUUUUUACAAUUAUUUACAAAAAAAAAGAAAUAUGGGCAACAAGCAAACAUUGAAAAUCACUUCAAUUGGACAAAAUGAAGAAACAGAUUCGAAAUCAAAAGAAGGAGUUGCUGAAGAUUCAAUUAAUGCAGCAGGUUUUGGCAAGUUCAAUUAUAAAGUAACAAUUCUCUGCUCAUUGAUUUACAUAAAUGCGGCAUUUAGCAUUCUCAGUACAGGAUUUAUUAUUCCGGCUGCAGCUUGUGAUUUUAAAAUGACGACAAUUGAUAAAGGAAGAAUUAUCACAGCUCCUAUAUUGGGUUCCUGUUUUGGUCCAUUUGUCUGGGGAUUUUUGGCUGAUGUUAGAGGACGAAAAUUUUCACUCAUUAUUGCCCUAUUUUUACAGGGAAAUUGUGAAUUAUUGAUGUCUAUUGUUCCAAAUUAUUGGGGAUUUUUGGUAUUGAAAUUUUUUAGCGGCUUUGGAGUAAUAGGACAAUUAUCUUUAUUAUUCACCUAUGUCGGUGAGUUUCAACCAACAAAUUAUAGAAAAAAAAUUCUCUCAUUAAUGGAUUUAGCUUUGAUUGUUGGAAUGAUUCUAGUACCACUUUUAGGCUGGUCAAUAAUUCCACUGACAUUUCAGUAUCGAAACUCCUUCUUUUUAUUUCGAUCUUGGAAUUUAUUUAUUGUCCUAUGUUCAAUACCAGCCGAAAUUAUUGGACUCUGGCUGAUAUUUUUUCCGGAAACGCCAAAAUAUUUAGCAGAAACUGGACGGAAUAUUGAACUCUUCAAUGUUCUCGUCAAAGUUUAUACCGAAAAUACAAAUAAAUCUCCGGAAUCCUAUUUCAAAAUUCUAAGCGAAUGCAAAAAUCCAUUAACUCAGAGUCUUGCAUUAAAUUAUGUGAAGAAAAAAGAUUUUGAAGAGGAAAUUGAUUUCAAGAAUGAUGUGAGAUUAAAAUCAAUUUUAUUUGAUUUUAAAAAUCAGGCAAAAGCCAUUCGUGCUGCUCCUUAUUUAACCAGAACUAUAUUGGCUUGUUUAAUUGCAUUUACAAUAACAUUAGCGUAUUAUUCAUUUCUUUUAUGGUUUCCUGAAGUUUUUCAACGACUCGCUCAAUUUCAAAAUAAAUUUCCCAAUGAGACUGCAACAAUAUGCUCUAUUUCUGAUCGAAUGUACUCAAGAUCAGUUAAUUUAAGUGUAGAACAAAUCGACCCUUUUGGAUGUGAUGUUCCAAUUGAUAAUAGCGUGUACAUUAAUUCAUUAUGGCAAGCCGUUGCCUGUAUACCAUCUUCCAUAAUUUUAAUAACUUUCAUUGACAAAGUGGGAUUUAAGUAUUUUUUAGUUGCUGCUACAUUAGCAGCGUUUUUAACAACAAUUGGAAUGUUUUUUGCCAAAACUAAAUUGCAAAUUAUGAUUCUAACGUGUUUAUUCGAAUCCAUGACAUCGAUUUGCAUGAGUGUGAUAUUUUGUUUUGUCGUUGUUAUAUUUCCAACAAAUUUUAGAGUAUUCGCGGGAGCAUUAGCUAUAUUUUUCAGUCGAGUAGGAAGUUUAAUUGGAAAUAUACUUUUCAGUUAUUUAAUUGAUAAUCAUUGUGUUCCAUUAAUUUACAUAAUUGCAUUUCAUCUAUUAUUGGGAGCAAUAUUUUGUUUAAUGGUCAAAGAACAAAAAUACGUUUAACUGUGAUUUUAAUGAAAAUUUUGUAUACAUUUGAUCAAACAAAAAAAAGAAAAAGAAGUUGUUUUUAUUCGCCGUCGAUUAAAAGAAAUUUACAUUUAUUUUUAUACAUCAAAUAGAUUAUAAUUGACUUGCAAAAAGAGUACUUCUAAUUUGCAAAAGACUUUGUAUAUAUUUAAUUGUUAAUUAGCACUAUUUGUAGUAUUAUUAUUUUUAUUACUGUUCUACCUCUUUACUUCUACUUUUCUACUCUCUACUAUUAUUCAACAUUGUUUCUCAAAUUUCCAUUUUAUAUUGUAU